AUGGCGACCCAAUCUACCACUGCCGAGAUCCUCCUUGCCGCCAUCCACCGAGAUGAGCUUCCGAUCGACCCCCAGACGCUGGAGGACUUCGGCUUCAAGCGAUGCCGUGACCUCGUCGCUGUCAUCAUGCUCUUCGAGGUCUACACUGCUCUGGUCAAGACUUGCGGCAUCACCCAUCAGACUCUCCACCAGUGGCGCGCUCGCGGUACCAUGAACCUCGUCGGUGAAAUCAAUCGCGAGCUGGAAGCUAACAAGCACCGUAUCGACAAAAAGGUCUACACUUGGUUCUACCUCAACGACCGCACUAUCGCCAGCGUUUCCCUCGCAACCGGAACCGUCAUCGACGUCAGGCCCCAGUCUUCUCUAAGUAUGCACGAGUUGAACGCCCAAAUCAGAGAGCGAAUGCCGGACAGACAGAGUUACGUCGAGAUGAUGAAGGGCGUCUGCAUGGCGGACCCGGCUACUAGAAAGAAGAUCGAGGCUGGCAUCGAGGAUCUCUCCGCCAUCGUCAAUCAGGCUGCCGACAAAGUCUACGGCAGAGAGAAUGUCGAGAUCUCCGACCAGGCAGCCAACGAGAUCUCCAUCACGGGAACCACUACCGAUACCCUUCUUGCCCACAUCGCCGCCCGCAAGGACUCGCCAGAGCUUCAGCACAUGACCGACUACGCCAUGUCGCGAUGCCACUUCGCGCCCGAGAGGAAGCGCCUCCUCAAGGUCUACACUCAUCUCCUCUCCACCUGUGGCGUCAAGCCGGCUACUCUGCACACCUGGAACGCCCAAGGCCUCAAGCCUCUGGGCCAGAAGAUCAAGACGGAGUUCAUCAAGAAGCAAGACAGUCUCCCUGCCGGCCUCGUUGAGUUCGUCACGGAGAACCAGUGGAUCUGGGACGCCGACGACGCCGAUGGCGAGUCCAGGGCCCUUUUCCGCACUCCGGACCUGGCUGUCAGAUUUAAGGACAUGCUGCCGCACGCCCGCGCCAUCAACCGUGGUUGA